GAUCGAUCAUGCCAGCAGCCAUAUGGCUAUGAGAUAUACCUCCCGAUCGCGUCAGACUAUAGUAGUUUUCUAUAUAGAUUCUAUUGAAUUUCCUGACUCGACGGCUUUUCUUUUUUUUCCUUUUCUCUUUUCUUUUUGGGUCCACGUAAAUCAACAACGUGAUUGUUACCACAUAAUGCCUUUACCAUGUAUUAUAAUUUACGUCCGUGUUCUAGUAAGGUUAUUACUUGCCUGUACCAAUCGAGUCUCACGUAUCUAUUUUGCAGAUGUAGCUUCUCAGGUAGUCGGUUAUGCUUCACUUUUGCAUUGCUUUGAUUGUGGUCAAUGAACCAGGCGGUUAGAUACAUACUAGCUAUUGGUCCCUAUUUAUGCCCGCGGACGCAUAGAGUUUGAAACCGCAUGAAGAAGCCAUAGUAGUAGAUGCAUGAGCAUCACAUAAGUCACUAGUAGAUACUACAGUGCUGCAUCUGCCUGAC